AUGGCAGAGACUUCAGUGGAUCCCUCAUCUUUACCUGUAAUAAGGAAAAAGAAAAGUUUAUCCAUUGAGGAAAAAAUUGACAUAAUAAGUGCUGUGGAAAGUGGCAAGAAAAAAGCAGACAUUGCAGCAAAAUAUGGCAUAAAGAAAAAUUCAUUGUCUUCAAUUAUGAAGAAUAAAGAUAAAGUUCUAGAAGCCUUUGAGUCCUUACGAUUUGAUCCUAAAAGAAAAAGACUAAGAACAGCUUUUUAUACGGAUCUGGAAGAGGCAUUAAUGAAGUGGUACAGAAUUGCUCAGUGCUUGAAUGUACCAGUAAAUGGCCCAAUGUUGCGUUUCAAAGCUAACGAUUUUGCUCAGAAACUUGGACAUAGUGAUUUUAAGUGCAGUAACGGCUGGCUUGAUCGUUUUAAAUCAAGAUAUGGUUUAGUAUUCAGAUCUCAGUCUAUAGAAUCUGUGGCUACUACAGCAGAUACUUUAACUGUUUGGUACCAAAAUGUUCUUCCUUAUUAUUUAAAUGAUUAUCAGCCAAAAAAUGUGUUUAAUGUAAAGGAGACUGGAUUGUUUUAUCGGAUGUUACCUAAUAAUACUUUUGCAUUUAAAGGGGAAACUUGUUCUGUUGGCAAACUAAGCAGAGAGAGAAUAACUGUAAUGGUUGGUACAAAUAUGGAUGGCUCUGAGAAACUUCCUUUGCUUGUUAUUGGCAAAAAUAAAAAUCCGCACUGCUUUAAAGAUGUAAAGUCACUGCCUGUGGAUUAUGAGGCAAACAAUAUGGCAUGGAUGACCUCAGAAGUGUUUGAACAAUGGAUGCAUAAACUUGAUGAGAGAUUUCAAGCACAGCAGCGGCGAGUAGUAUUUUUUGUUGACUCUUUCCCAGCUCAUCCAGAGGUAAAGAAUCUGAAGUCUAUUGAACUGGUGUUCUUUCCUCCAUGCUCAUCAUCUAAAUUUAUAGCUAUGAAACAGGGAGUUAUAAGAAGUCUGAAAGUCAAAUACAGGCAUCGUCUUAUCAAGAGAUUUGUAGACUGUGUAGAAGGUAGUAAAGAGUUUACAUUGACUCUACUUGAUGCAGUUGAUAUGUUGCACCUAUGCUGGAGAAAUGUAACUCCAGAAACUGUUGUUAAAAGUUAUGAAGAAGCAGGAUUCAAAUCACAAACAGGGGAAAAUGGUGACACAGACAGAGAAAUUGAAAGUGGUUUAGAUUUGAUUGCACAUGCAUUGGCAGCUGGGGUAGAGUUUCCAGAAGGCUUAUCUUUGGAGGAAUAUGCAGGUUUGGAUGAUGACUUGGUAACAUGUGAAAUGCCCACAAAUAAUGAAACGAUGUGGACCAAAGAAAGCACUUCGGUUAAAACUGAUUUGUUUGUUUAUGAUGAAGAGGAAGAUGAAGGUGAAGGUGAUGGAUCUCCAGGAAUUGAACAGCCUUUGCCAUCAAAAAAUGAGGCUCUAACUGCUUUAGAUACUCUUCGAAGGUUUCUCAGAAGUCAAGACAUGAAUGAUUCACUUCAUAAUUCCCUAGCAGAUCUAGAUAAUUUUAUUGAGCAUGUAGCAUCUAAAUGA